CUUCAACGAAUCAAAAACCUAUAGUAUUCAAUUCACAAAAUUCUGAUUCAGAUUUAAAUAAUAAAUGGGAAAAUGAAACGGAUCAAUUUGAUAAUGAGAAUGAAAUGGAUUAUUUCGAUGAUGAAAAUGAACUGGAUUAUUCCGAUAAUGCACAGACAGAUAAAUUUGAAAAAAAUAACACAAAUACAGCAGAGCCAUCUUUGCAUACGGAGAUAAUAGAAAAUAUCACACUGUUUCAAGAAUGUAGUAAGUUAUAUGAUACCUCUUUGGAACCAUCGUAUAAUCCAGUACAAUGUUUAUACAAUCCUCCACUUUUGAAAGAAAAUUACGUGAUACAAUGGAUUGUUAUUUGUCAAGUAUUAACAUUCUUAGACAUAUUUCAAUUUCAAAAUUUUCCAAAAAGCCAGCAUUAUGUCGAAAAAAUUAUUGCGCAACCCGAUUCUAUUCUCAAAUAUACACCUUUAGUAAUUUAUCCUUACCAAUCCAUUAUUACAAGAAUUUCAUCAAUAUUAGCAGAUGAAUCAAAUGAACAAUUAAUGGAUUCACCAUUUAAACGGCAACUUUGGAGUGGACAGCUAUUCAAAACUACUCGAUAUCCCAUUGGACGUAUGUUUCGUUGUGCAUUGAUCCAAAUUGUAUGCGAUAUACCAGCUGCAC